AUGUUGACCAAGACUUUCGACUUUAUCAAGGUUAUGUGCAUACAGUACUGGCCGUCGGCCAAGGUGAACAGCGAAAACUACGGCGAUCUCAAUAUAUCAGUGUUGCACGAAGAAGAAUUAGCCAAUUUUCACAUCAGGACCAUACAAGUGGUCAAAAAACAAGGAACGAAUGAAGAAGAAACCCGGACUCUACUUCAGUUCCAUUAUACAGAAUGGCCAUGUCACACCUGUCCGUUCUCGAACGCGAUAUUGGAGUUCAGGCGAAGAAUGAGAGCAGUCGUUGGUUCCCGGCUGCAACACGACAAUCCAAUCGUAGUCCACUGCAAUGACGGAGGUGGUCGUUCCGGCGUCUAUCUGUCGAUCGAUGCCAACCUGGAACUCGCCGAAGAGGAAGACUGUUACGACGUGUUCGGCUAUUUGAAAACGCUCAGACAGUCCAGAAAAGGAAUGGUCGAGACACUGGUAAUCAACCAAUACAAAUUCAUAUACGACACGUUGGAGGAGUUCGUGCUUUGCGGGUUUUCGUGGUUUCCCGUCAAAGAACUUUCGCAAAAACUCAAACAAAAGUCCAUGAAGGACAUCGAGACCAAGCUCAACGAAUACCAGAGAGAGUACCAGCAAAUCUGCAAGAUGACUCCACGUUUUACGAUCGGCGAUUGCGCGGGCGGUCAUCGAGGUGACAACCGGGAAAAGAACAGAGACGUGUUGAUCGUUCCGCCUGACAACUUCCGACCGUAUUUGACUUCGUUCCAAGGCAACACGUUUACCGACUACAUAAACGCAGUGUUUGUCGACGGCUACACCAAGCCCAGAGAGUACAUUGUCACUGAAUGGCCCCUCAAACACACGCCCGGCGACUUUUGGUCGCUCGUGUACGAUUAUGAGUGUUCGGCCGUUGUCGUCCUCUGCCUGCCGCCCAGAGACUCUCAACAAUACCCUCCGUUUUGGCCGGAAGGUAGACAUUCCAAGAAAUACGGUCCGGUGUUCACCAUCGAUCAUAUAUCUCACAAUCACUACGCGAACAUAAAGACAUGGCUGUUUAGGAUCAACAAAAAGAUCGUAUCGCUCACCGAACUCAUGGCCGGUGUAAAAGCGCCUCCGAGGACCGUCCAACUGUUUCAGCUCACUUGCUGGCCUCUGGGCCACAGGGUGCCCACAUCCACCAACUCUCUGGUCGAACUCAUGAACAUGGUCGAAAGGUGGAGACAGAGGAUCGACUACGGGCCCGUCGUGGUCGUAUCGCACGAUGGCAGGGGCAGGUGCGGUGUUUACUGCUCUGCGAAUGCGUGUAUCGAACAAGUGAUCCAACACGGCGAAGUAGACGUCUUCCAAGCCGUAAAGACCGUCAGACGUCACCGACCGCAACUCAUAGAGAAUAUGACUGAGUACAAGUACUGUUAUGACCUGGUGUUGCACUACGUGCUGCACUACCUGAACAAGGACCAAAAGGAGAAGAAAUGA